UGAUGGCGGACUAGUGAAUACGGAACGUACCGCAGUUUAUAUCUUCCGAGUGGCUUGAGUUGCGAGCUUAGAUAGAUUCUGGGGAUCACUACUGUAAAAAAAAAACUGACAUCAACAUUUAGUGAAAUUCGUUAUUUAUCUUGGGAGAAGGAUUCGUUUUACUUUAUUCUUAAACGCGCGACCAGUGCCAUCAACCGAGAUUUCGGAGGUUCUCCAGAUUGAGCGACGUUUCCCGCAUGAGCCGCAUCAUUCUGGGAGGGGACUCUCUGGGUUGCUGGUUCCAGGAAGAACAAUCGGAGAGUGCCGGAAUUGGACUUUUGACGUUGCAAGUCACCGAAAACCUGAUUAAGGAGGUGCGCUGGCAGAGCGGGGAUGAGCGCACAAGAGGUUCCCAUUGCGGGGGCGGAGCCGGCAGCUGUGACGGGCGGGCAGCCCGGCCCCGCCCCCUCCCCGGUGUUGAAUCCGCAGCAGGGCUCCAGUAACGGGGAGGAGCCAGAGAGCAGCUCGCCGGCCGAGAUCUGUGUCAUCAUCGGAGAGUCGCACAACGCCCAGACCCCAGGGUCAUACGUUUGCGGGAUCUGCGGUAAAAAGUAUAAGUACUACAACUGCUUUCAAACCCAUGUCAGAGGACACAGAGAGUCCGAUGGCGGUACAGGAGAGGGAGGGUCCCAGACAACCAACAAUAACUUCCGCUACACCUGUGACAUCUGUGGGAAGAAGUACAAGUACUACAGCUGCUUCCAGGAGCAUCGCGAUCUUCACGCAGUCGACGACCCCUACGACCAGGUGGUCAUUCCUGUUGAAGACAUUAAAGAUGACGAGUCGGGGGAGACCUUUCUGAAAAUCGGGCCGAGGACGGGGUUGUACAUCUGUGAGUUCUGUGGAAAACAGUACAAGUACUUCAACCCCUACCAGGAGCAUGUGGCCCUGCACACCCCCUUAAGUUACUCUGUUGAGAUGCAGUCCCCUGGAGCUCAACAGCGCUUGAAGGACACCAGGAAGCAGGGAAACGUCAAGUCGGACCAAAUAGAGAGCCUUUUCAGCCGUAAGAUGGAGAAGAAACUGCAAAGCAGCCUGGGAGAGACCAACAGCUCACAGAACUCCAGCGGUACCAUGUGCCCCCUGGUCUCUAGCUCCUUCUCUCCACUGCGGACGGAAAACGAAAACCACACCCCAGUGGGGACCCCCAAGUCCUCCCCCGCCCCUGCAGCCCAGGACCAGCCGUGGAAGAGGAACAGCACCUCAAACCAGAGCGGGGGCCUCCCGGAGAAGGACCGGCAGCAGCUGGCUGAGCGCUGGCUGAGGGUGAUGUGCUCAGACCUGGGCUCGGCGAGCACUCUGUGCGGGGACGACUUCCUCAGGCUGGCCCAGACCCUGGUGGACACGGGGGCCCGGCACGGAGCCUACCCGCUGCAGGAGGCCCUGGGCGGGGCCCCCAGUGCCCUGGCCCUGCGCCAGCUCCCCCGCAUGUACAACCAGACCAAGGUGAAGGUGACCUGCGCCCUGGGGGCCAGCUCGGCCCCGGGCAUCGCCCUGGCCUGCCACGCCCACACGGCGGGCCCCCGGCCCUGCUUCGUGCUCUGGGCGCACCAGGCCGAGGGCCCCCGGCUGCGGAGGUACGUCCUGGGGGUGCGGGAGCUGGCCCCCGGGGGCGAGGACGGGGACGGCGAGCUGCAGGCCUGGGCGCAGAACGUCCUGUCGGAGUUUGUGAUGCCGGAGGUGCGCGCCGCGUACGUGACCGAGCCCCGGCGGCCCUGGGGAGGCCCGUGCGGGGGCCGGGCGGGGGGCCCCAGCCUCAGCUGCACGGGAUGUUCCCUGGGGGCCGUGGCCCAGGCCGUCCUGGGCAGGAAGAGCCUGCAGAUGAGAGGGCUUCAGGAGGUGGCUGACCUGCUGGACUCCUGCCGACACGUCGCCGCUGUUACCGGGCUCCCCUGGGAUGGGCUGGGACGGGGGGAGGACCACGCCCAGGCCCUGCCCCCAGCCCCGCCCUGCUGGGACCAGACCGCCGAGACCCUGCUGAAGGUCCACGAGCGGCUGGAGCAGCUCUGCCAGGCGUACGGCCGGAGCAAGCCCGCCGCCACCCUCCUCCAGGCCCUCAACAAGCCCCUGCUGGGCACCCUGGCCUCCCUGCUGUCGCCCCUCCGCCAGGUGGCCGCGGAGCUGGCCUCGGACUGCCGGCCCACCCUGCAGCUGGUGCUGCCCGCCUACCUGCGCCUGGAGAAGCUCUUCACGGCCAAGGCCAGCGAGCCGGGCCCAGGGGGCAAGCUCUGCCACUGCCUGCUGGAGGCUCUGAAGGAGAACCUCAAAAUGGAGGACGCCCACCAGGCUGCCAUGGUGCUGGACCCCCAGCUCAAGCUGCGGCCCGUCCCGGCCUACCAGCAUGACGACAUCAUCGCCCGCGUGGUGCGGGCGGCGGCCGACAUGGGCGAGGGGGCUGGGGCCGAGGGGGACGGGGAGCCGGGCCCGCCCGCGGGGAAGAGGGGCAGGCUGGGGGACGAGGAGGGCGAGGCCAAGAAGGAGGUGUUCCACUACCUGUCCGAGCCCCUGUUCCAGGCCGUGCCCAACCUGCUGCAGUACUGGCGCUCGGUGACCGAGAGGUACCCCCGCCUGGCCCGCCUGGCUCUCUGGCUGCUGGCCGUGCCCGCCGUGGGGGUGCGCGCGGACCUGGCCACCGCCUGCCAGCAGGCCGUGGCCAUGAGGGGGCAGCAGAGAGUCGGCGCCGACAACAUGAACAAGCUAGUCUUCCUCAAGGCCAACGCGCCCUGAACCGGAACAUAGGCAGCCGCCAGAUGCGCCUCGCGCUUUUACCGAGCUUAGCGCGGAGUCGCCCGCGCUGGCUGGGGAGAGACGGUUACUCACGCUACCGACGUGUCCUCAUAAGGAGCGCCUUCUCCGACCACGUCGCACUUUUAUUUUGUUUUCUGGGAGACUGUUCAAAGGCCACAAUGGCCGAUCUUUACGGGAGCCUUUUGUUAACCAUGCUUCUAAUGUCUGUAGAAGUUGUUAUUUUUUUUGUUGGUAGAGCAUGAUUAGACUAUUAACAGUGAAAAUGGCGAAGCAGCAGAAUGCCAGGACUGCACAAGCCUGGCCUUGACUCUUUAUUUUUUAAAUUAUUUUUUAUUUUCUGUUCUGUCAUUUGACUGUAUAAUUUAUGUCCAAAAAAUGACUUGAAGAUUGUACAUGGCGUACUUUGCUCACAGUGUGACAUGAAAGUUAUGAAUGAUAGUAAUAUUUUUGGAGAUGUUUGUGCACUCUCAAGCUGUGCUUGGCUGUAACCUGGGCACAGCAGUGAUCUUGGUAAUUUUCCGGAUAUUUCUUAAAGCCUACUCUUGGCCGCCAGUCUUGUACAAGACUUCUAAUAAUAGACUUGUAUCUUUUUCUUCAGAUUAGUUUUUAUUUAUUUAUAUUUUUUUCAAGUUUGCCUUUCUUGCUACUUGGUCUUUUUUUUUUUUUAUCGGUCUUUGGUCACCGCAUAAUGUAUUAAAUAUAAAGCUAGCUGUAUAUUACAAUAACAUUACUUUUUUAUUUGUUUAGUGUAGAAAUACACAGUAGCAACUUUUCCAAAGAAACGUGCAGGUGUGGCUAGUCUUAUUUCAUGCCAUAUGUUUAGUCUUGCACUGGAUUGUGUCAUAAUAUACCCUGUUUUUGUUAUUUUCAACACUUAUUUACCGUUUUAUCUUCUUCCGGAGUACCAGUUGGGCAAUCUACUGCCAGCUGCUGCACUGUGGAGUCCUCGAUUAGCCACGCCAGUGAAACGGGUCAUUCUGUAGCUGUCUCAGUUGUGUACGUUGGUCUGCUUUCAACAGCUUAAGCAACGCUCUGGGUUUUUUCUGGUGAAGUGGUGAUUCAGUCUAACCGCAGUGCGCUUUGCCCUUAGUUUAGAGCAAGAGUGGGCAAUUCUGGAGAACCGUGUGUGCAAGUUUUUAUUUCCAUUGAUUACCAUAGCUAAAUGAGCUGAUUGGCUAUCUACACCGACACUCAUGGAGUAGGCCACAGUAAAAUGUUUCAUACAGGGAUAGAAGAACAGGCUGCGCCUAUCAAAAAAUGAAAUGGCGUACAUAUUGGAGCUAAUUGGGUUAUUAAUGUCAGAAGUUGGCAUGACAAGCAGAAACCUCUUGGCUCUGGUUCAGAGGAAUUUGCGUAAACCUGCAGACCAAUUUGAGACCUGCUCAACUAUUUACGAACCCCCACCCCCCCCGAAGAAAAUUACACCCAUUUUGUUUUUCUCUGAAUUUUAUAAUCUUGUCUCGUUAAAUAUGUGCCAUAUUGUUCUUUUAAUCGUUACAUGGAAAUAAUACUCUAUCCAAGGAUGUAUAUCUCAUUUAAACUUUGGGGGAAUGAAUGGAAGUGCAGAGGACGCAGGAAAGGUUGCAUAGGUUUGCCCUAAUGCCGAGGACAAAGCGCACUGCAGUUGAUUUGAAUGCAGGCAAUAGCGCAUUUCAGUUGGUUUGAAUAGUGGGCAAAAACGCAAUCAUUGCGUGUGUGAAUCCAAAGGAAGUGCAUUCUGGGUGAAGUAGUUCAAUACAGCAAUCUUCCAGGCUAAAUGUAGGCUCUUAACGUGCAUAUGAUGUCAUCAGUGGUGAGGGGAUGUAGCCUUUCAAACUGUUUUCUUGGAGUGGUCACCAGGAAUGAGAAAAGGUCACAGGAUCCAACUGUCGAGUAGAGUAGGCUUUCAUUUAUAGAUUUUGGGGACAGGACAGAACAAGUCUUGGAGCCAAAUGGAUAUGUAGGAAGCUUUGGUUAUUUCAGUGAUAUGCAUGCAAAUAAUACAACACAAAUCUGUGGACUACAUGUGAGCUACAAUCUUGACAGAUAUCAAAGGAGACAUUUUGUAGUACGUAGUUGUAAUCUGAAAGUGGCAGGGUGUAAAUAAUUAAAUAACUGCUGUUUUUGAUCCACCAGGGGGAGCAAGUGCUCCAUAAAUGAGCAACUAACUUCCUGUGAAGUCUGAUGACGUCAUACCUCUUUUUAUAAACGGUCUCAGACACAGAGUUCAGUUAAAUACAUGGUUAAUACUGUUAUAGAGGAACGCCGUUUAAACCACAUGAGAAAUUUAUUUUUAUUGCAAGGCUAUAAAUGAUGGAAAUAACACAUGGUUUAAUGGAAGCAAAUUACUAUUCUUGUUUUUUCUUGGGUUCACAUUUGGGGAUUGGGGGUUUAAGUUUGGCGGAGUGCGACAUUACUAUGUACAUAACAAGAAUCAAGAAAAUAAGAACGGUCUUGCUACAUUUUUUUAUUAUUAUAUUCACUAAAGAAGUACAUAUUUCAUUUCAUUAUAUAUGAAUAAAUGUUAGGUUUUUAUUUUAUUUUAUUAUUUCAUGUCAUAUAACAGAAACCUGAAUAACCACAGUGUGUAUGUGUUUAUGUAAAAAAAAUAUUUUUGUUAUUACUUUACUGGACUUGGCAGUGUAUGUAAUUCGUCUAAUCAAUUAGGCCCUAAUUUAUAGAUUUUUUUAGCCAUGAUAUUUUUAUAUAUUGCCGAUAGCGUUGAAGGUCUCGCAGCGCUGUGACAUGCUCAAAAUUGUGUUAGCCACUGUAGGACGUUCUGUGCUAAUAAACCUGGCUCCUAUGAAACGGUU